UCAGUUGGCUCCAUAGAAAAAAAAGGACGAAAUAAUUUAAAAAUAAUUUAUUUCAACCAAGCAUAAAUGUGAUAAAACUUCUUUAAGUUUAGGAAUGAGUAAAUAAUUAUCAGGUUCAGGCCCAUUAUUUAGUAAUAACUUCUUUUGUUGGAGUUAAAUGGAAGAUCAAAGUGUGGACAAUUUAAUAUACCAUUUGGCAACAUUGACUGCUGUCAAACGUUGAUAAACAUUCGAUGCCAUUUUGCAGUAAAUGCGUCGUGUAGUUUGAGUAAAAAGUUACUUCAAAACAAUUUAAAAAAAAUAAAUGAUCUUGUGUUUAGUGCGAAUUAAUGCUAAUAUUGUAUUUUAUAUGUAAACGUUAAAGUUUGUGGAUUUUAAGUGCACUCAAUAGUGAAAAUGUCUACGAGCGCCAGUGACCACGAUAUGAGCGAUUCCGCCAGCUCUCCAAUGUCUUACAUUCGGUAUUCUCCGCACAGUUCUCCAUCUCAGCAAGUGCCUCAACUCGCUUCUGAUCUUACUGAGUUGACUUGUGCGGACAAUAAGAGACAGUUUUUCAGACAUGCCAACAAACCAUGUCUGCGUAUCACGGAACAACCACAGAACCACUUCAGGUUUCGAUAUGUGAGCGAGAUGGUGGGAACUCAUGGAUGUCUACUGGGGAAGUCUUAUGGCACCAACAAAACAAAGACUCAUCCUACGGUGGAGCUAUUGAACUACACUGGAAAAGCUCUUAUAAGAUGUCGAUUAGCUCAACACAACAACACAGAGGAACAUCCUCACAAAUUACUUGAAGAUGAACAGGACAGAGAUAUGAGUUGCCUAGUACCUGAUCAGGGGAGCUAUAAAGUCAGGUUCGGUGGUAUCGGUAUCAUACACACUGCGAAAAAAGAUGUCGCUGCUCUUUUAUUCAAGAAAUACUCUCAACAAUGCAAGAAUACCAAUAUGAGCUUAAAAGACCUUCAAGUGCAAUGCGAGAGUAUGGCCAGGACUAUAAACUUAAACAUCGUUCGAUUGAAAUUCAGUGCUCAUGACGUAGUUACCGGCCAAGAAAUAUGUGAACCUGUUUUUUCUGAACCUAUUCAUAAUAUGAAGAGUGCUGCGACUAACGAUUUAAAAAUCUGCCGUAUAAGUCGGUCGUCGGGAAUUGCUUCCGGCGGAGAAGAUGUCUUCAUACUUGUGGAAAAAGUUAAUAAGAAAAACAUAAUGAUUCGAUUCUUCGAAUUGGAUGAAAAUGGAGAACGAGGUUGGACCAACGUUGGGCGAUUUGUGCAAAGCGAUGUCCAUCACCAAUACGCAAUCGUCUUUCGAACUCCUCCAUAUAAAAAUCCUGAGACGCCCGUCGAUGUGGAAGUGUACAUCGAACUGGUUCGUCCAUCGGAUGGCCGUACUAGUGAGCCGAAGCAAUUCAAGUACAGAGCCAACCAAGCGUACAAACAGAUCAAGAAGAGGAAGACUGGGUCUUCCUACUGUUCUAUUGGCAGCUCAUCUAGUGGAUCGUUGAAAAGUGGUUGUGACAUUCCCAUAUCUGUUGUCAAUCAUCAACCAGAAGAAGUUCCUAUGGACCGCGAGCCACCUGUGCCACCGUCGAUGUAUGUUCUACCCCAGGUGCAUGAUUCGGCGACGCCAAACCAAUGUGAUCUGGCAAGUGCUUUGUACUCUGCUCCCGGCUCAGAGACGAGCCAGUCGCCUAUAUCGAGUCCGAUGUGGAGCGAGCCUCACAGUGUGAUGCUGCCCAUGUCUCCGAUCGCCAACCUUCAGCUGAACUCCGCAGACUUCGAACAGGUCACAGUACCCACUAGCAAUGAUCCGCAGCCCCCGCAGGUCCCAGAAGAUAUUAAAAACUUUUUGAAUGAAUACAUGCGGAGCUACGGAGAAAGUUUACCUGAUGAAAGAAACAGUAUGGACUUCAUUCGUACCCUGCUGUUAGCUGACUCCGGACGACCUAAGCAAGAAAACAAGAACGAUAUGCGUUUGCAAGGUGAUAGAAUGCAGCAGCCCGCGCGUAGCCCGAGCAAGACGCCAGAUAUAAAACCCAAGACCGAGUACCCAGCAUUCUAUAAGACAGAAGAUGGGAUCGAAGUUAAAAAGCUAGUGAAAGACAUCUGUGAAAUGAUUAGAAACAAGAAAGGUUUCAAAAAAGCAGAAGUCAAAAGCCGUUUGGAAAGGUUAUUCGAAAUACGAUUGUCGAAUGGAGAUACGUUCCUCCACAUGACUCUAUGCAGUAACCAGCCAAGUUUGGAGUACAUAGUGAAGAUUAUUCAUAGCGUGAAAGCAACGCAUCUGCUCGACUUCGCCAAUGAGAGACAACAGACGCCAUUGCACCUCGCCGUUGUCAACGACAUGCCUAAAAUGGUCACUUUGUUCGUUUCCAAAGGUUCAAAUCCAAUGUUGAAAGACGACGAAGAUCUGAACGUGAUCCACUACGCAGUUAAAUACAAGUCGUGCCUCGAGACUUUACUCGACACGAUCAAGAAGAACAACGUGCCUUGUAACUUGAACGAAUACAAUGGAGAGAAACAGACCGCAUUGCACAUGGCGGUGGUGUCUGGCUGGGAGAGCGGGGUGCGCCUGCUCCUGCAGCACGGCGCCAGCUACAGCGCGCGGGACGCGGACGGACGCACGCCGCUGCACCUCGCCGCCUACGACGACCGCCUCGCCGUCAUGAACGUACUACUCGACUUCAUACCUCCUAGCGAAAUCGACGUUAUGGACGGCGCUGGUAAUACAGCUCUUCAGAUCGUCUGCGGAGGCACUUCGAUCAGGGAGAAUUCUGUUGAAAUCGCUCGGCUUCUACUGGAAAAGAAGGCUUAUCCUUUAAAACACGAGGAUUGCAACGAAUCUGCCUGGAUACUUGUGAAGAAGAAGCCGGAACUUCGUGAAUUGAUGAAAGCUUACGUCAACAUGGAAUACAUGGACGAAGAUGAUAUCAAAUCAGAACCUGAUGAUGACUUCGAAUCUGCUGAUGAAGGUGAUUAUCCAGACAAUGGUCUACAGGAGUUGAACCUGUACGCUCGCGAGGUGUCAGUGCUCGUGGACGUGUCGGGCGCGUGGCGGGUGUUGGCGCAGCGACUGCGGCUCGACUCCUUGAUGGAGUGGUACGCCGCGCAAGCCAGUCCCACCUUCACACUUCUCAAUCAUCUUAAGGAUUCCCGUGAUGACAUAUCAUCCAAAUCGCUGGCGAUGAUCCUUGAAGAUAUAGGCCAGACUGAAGCUGCCAAUGUUAUCAGAAGGUACAUUGAUUGACAGGAGGUACUCUCUGAUAGCGAUUGUCCAUAGUUACUAAGAGUUAUUAAUUACUUAUUGCUAUUGUUAUUAAAAUAAAUAUUAUUAUACAACUUGUCCUAAGCCUCAAAUGUACAUAAACGAGAUGCUAGACUGUCCACUAUGUAGUUCUGAGUCUAUGUUAGGGUUAAAAGACAUUCAGUGGCUUAAAACAAGAACUAUGUUCGAGCAAUAAUUAUCCUAAGACUUGCAUUUUGUAUAUUAAACUGUCAAACACCAAGCGGUCACCGGUGACCGUAACCUAUUGUUCUACAAUUGUGUCUAUAAUGACGGUACUCAACGAGUUAAUUCUGACAUUUUGCUACUAUUGUAAGCACAGUGUUGCUUAUAUGAUUUUGUAUUAUAUUUUUUUCUGUCUUUAAA